AUGGCAGAGGCUCUUGGAAUCGCUUCCUCCAUUAUCACCCUUGUUGAUGCAGCUCAUAUUAUUGUUAGUUAUCUCAAGGAUGUCAAAAAGACACCCAAAGAACAUGACAAGCUCUCCAAGGAGCUCUCCAAUCUUGCAAUAUAUCUUAAUGUGGUGGAUCAGCUCACUCGGAUGGUGGAUGCAGGUGACCCAUGGCUUGUGAUGGUGCAAAGGCUAUCUGGUCCAUUUAUGCAACUCGAUGUACUACUGAAGGAUAUCAAGAAGAAGUUGGAGCCUGCAUCAGAUGGUAUGGGAAAGAUGAAGCAGAGACUGCUGUGGAAAUUCAGCAAGGAGAGCAUUGAGGAUGCUCUAGAGAGGAUCGAGAGGAUCAAGUCCCUGAUGAUAGUCGCCAUACAGCAGGAUCAUGUGGCUUUGUCUCAUGCAAUGAACCAAGCAUUGGCUAUCAUCGACAGAAAGGUCGAUGGAAUUUCAGAUAAUAUGAUACAUAUCAAGCAUAAUACACAGAAGAUCCAGGGUGGUAAAAUGCUUAUGCACAUACUUUCUUGGCUUACCGACUUGAAUUUCAAGUCUGUACAAGCUGAGAAGCUGAGCCAGUGGGUGGGGAAUACUGGGAGCUGGUUCCUUAAGUCUGAACAGUUCCAAAGUGGGUGUCGGAAAGACCAUCCUGGCUGCUAUCAUCAUCAAUUAUUUGCAGUCACUGAACCACAAGAAAAACAGUUGUCUGGGCUGUUCUCACUGGGUCAAGGCCAUGGCUUCUCUUCUGCAACCCUAUCAUUCUUCCACGAGUGCCUUUUUGAUGAAACACGACCUUCCCUUGACCUUCUUAUCGAAAUCCUUUCAGAAGAGCUGAAAUUAUUCCACCAUGUCUACAUUGUUCUUGAUGCACUGGACAAGUUCAGUGGGGAUAAUCGGGAAGUGCUCAUCAACACGAUAAAGUCAUUAGGAGACCAUGUCUAUCUUCUUGUGACAUUGAGAGACAUUGUCAUGAUAGGAUCACUCUUUAAGAAAGAUGCCAGGUUGCAUAUCCGAACCAUUGACAAUGAUAUAAACUUGUAUAUUGAGAGCAGGCUCUCUUGUGACCAUCUUUCCUGCCACAUCAAGGGGUUUCUUCUGGCAGGCCUGCACAUGGACUCACUGGCUCAGACAACAAACCACAAGAUGCUUCAAGAUGCAAUCAAUAAAUUGCUGGACAAUAUGGCAGAUGCCUAUGACCAGACACUGGAGAGGGUCAAUAGUCAAGGCAUGCAUGAUAAAGCCCUUGCAUAUCGCAUAUUUGGCUGGAUAGCAUUUGCUAAGUGCCCUUUGACCGUGUUGGAAAUGCGAUAUGCAUUGGCUGUGGAAAAGGAUACAGCAGCCCUAGACCCUGACAAUCUUCAUGACAAUGACCUUUUGGGCAAUGUCUGUGCUGGACUUGUUGUCAUAGACCACACAUAUACAGAGUUCAGACAUUCUCAGGCACCAGAGCCUAUAAUGAGUGCUUGUCCCCAACAACUAGCUGAAAUGAACCCACUCCUUCACUACUCAUCCAGCUGCUGGGCAUACCAUGCCAAGAAGGUGGAACUUUUAAUGAAAACUGAAAACAUCGCAUUCUUCUGUAUAGAGCGUAACAGAGUAGCUGCAGGCACAUUCAGAGCGACAUUCUGUGGCACAGACAGCACAACAUCCCUUCCACUUCAAUUUGCUGCUUAUCAUGGCUUGAUGCACAUUGUGGAAACUCUUCUUAUCCAAGGGGCUAAUCCACAAAAAGAACCACCAUUGAUGGCAGCCGUACAAGGAAGGCAUCUUGAGAUGGUGAAGCUGCUCCUAUCACAAACUGAUGUUGACAUCAAUUGGGCAGAUUCAAUGAUGAGACGUACACCUCUCAUGGAAGCAGCAUCUCAUGCCCAUGAAGAGGUGGUCAAGGUGAUCUUGGAGUCAAAGCACUUGAACUCAUUGAAUGCAGUGGACCAAUUUGGGGAUUCAGCACUAUUCUGGGCAAUUUCUCAUAGUUGUCCAGGGGUGGUCAGGAUCUUACUUGCGACACCAGGUAUCAAUGUUACUUUACACAAUAACAGCGGGCAUUCUCUACUUGCUCAUGCUGCGUCUCUUGGCCAGAAUGUCAUAGUGGAGAUGCUUUUGGACCAAGAAGAUAUUGCCUAG